CUUUAAACAUAAAUUGUAAUAUAUUUAUAGUAUAAAGUAUUUUUCGGUUACAAUUAUUAUUGUUAUUUUUUUUUUUUUUUUAACAACAUACUUAACUUGAUGAAUUCGUUAAAAUGAUUUUCGUCAAACAUGUAUGGAUAAUUUUAAAAUUGAUCUUAAUUGUCGAUGGAAGAAAUUUUACAGACGAUAGUAUAAAACUUCCAACUUAUAAAGAAAACAUAAGAAGUCUUCAAAAAAACGCAUUUUCAGACCAAUUUAAGCUCAUAAAAAAAAAAAAGAAUAUUCCAAAUAUAAUAACAUGGAGACACUUAAUCGAAAACAAGGACUCUUUAAAAUAUGGAAUAUACAAACCAACGAAACCUUCAAAAGAAAAUGGUAUUGUAUAUAAAAUUAUAUCUAAAAAAAGAAACGAUAUUCUCUGUACGUACGCGUUAUACGCCAAAAAACAUUUUGGUUUCAUACGUUUAAUUGCAACAAACGGUUUAUUAUUUGAAGAAACUAGGGAACUAGUAUUGAAAUUACAUUUUUCAUAUUCCAAUGUAUUUUUGAAAAAUAUAGCUACCGUUUAUAACGCCAUAUCCGAUCAAAUCCCCGAUUGGAUGAUAAGUUUAAGAGACAAUAUAAUGAAUAACAAGAUACUAGACGAUAUCAAAUUCACUAGAGAGUUGUCAGAUAUAAUACAAACAUUGAUGAAUGUUAUAUCUAAUUAUGAGUGUACUUUAACAAAAAUACCAUCAAUAAUCGAUCACCUUAAAAAACAAAAGAGUAUAAAUAAUAUGGUGAUUACAUUAUUGGGCGAAGACCAGCCGUUUGCUAAAUUAUAUGAUCAAGUUGUAUUGUUUAUCAAUGAAACAAAUGUCUCGCAGUGGCUUAUUGAUAACAAUAUUAAACCCCGGGAUAUCCAAGAAAAAAACUCAUCAAAUGGACAAGAUACUAAUUUGGAAAACGAUGGAACUGCACAUGCUGUUCAGCCGCGGAAUACCAUUCAGAUCUGUGGUAUAUAUCUGUUUAACUAUUUAAAAUCCACUGCGAUUAACGUAUAUAAUAAUAUACUUGAAAUAAGCACCUUACUUGUAACAAAUAAAGAAAGGUUAGAGUAUAGUAAUUACUAUAGUUUUCGCAAUAAAAAUCUAGAUGUCGAUCAAAUAGAAAUAGACGAAGUGGUGAAUAUGAUGCCAACAGCCUUUGAUGAACGAUAUAGAUUAUCAGAUAUUAAUAGUGCCUAUUCAACGGAACUUUUGAACUCAAAACGAUUAGAAAUAAAUGUGCAUACAAUAAUAAAUAUUACACAUUUUAAAAUUAUAGAAAAAGACAAAAUAAUUGCGGCAAUCGCACAAACUACGACAAAAAACGAUAUGUACGAUAAACAUUAUUAUAGAUAUCAGACUGCGAAAUUGGAAAAAAUUAUGAACGUGAUAAUGACUGAUCUUCAAUGCACAUAUUUGUAUUUUGCUCGAGUACACUUUAAUGAAAUAAUCAAUUUUAUACUAGAUACUCAUAGAAUAAAAAUUGCUAAAUAUUACACUGACAAUGUCAAAUUAAUAUUUAGAUAUUAUAAAAUAUCACUGCAGACAUUAGCCGGUAUUUUCUAUUAUCAGCGCCAAGCCCCCAACUGGAUGGUUAUGAUGGUGGUUUAUUUCGGGAGUUUACAUCGCAUAGCCUUAAACUUAGAUUCAUUUUUGAAUGAAACACUUAAAGUAUUUCGAGUUUUAAUAUCCGUCAGUUCACGAUGCAAAAAUAAUAACUAUAAGACAUCCGAACUCCCAGAUCCACCUAAAGCAACACAAGUUCAAUUUUCAAAUGAAAUAUUAAAUAAUAUGUCUCCUGAGUAUUUAAGACUUGACAUAAUUGGAAUAAGGAAAAACGAAAAUGAAAACCAAUAUGAAAACAAAAAUGAAAAUAAGACAUGUUUAUUAGUAAUGUAUAACAAUUUAAUACGUAUAAUGUAUUUACUCAAAUUAAAUGACAGUUAUUUACCGUGGUACAAUUACAAUAAAUUCAAUCCCAAUUAUUGGAUAUUCAGCUUUAAUAAUUUAAAUCAAACAGCUAUAAACAUUCUUAGUCGAAAUCCAAUUACAACAGGUAAAGAAGAUUUAAAUAAUCACCUUUUAACACUUUUAAAAACUAACAAAUAUGAAACUAGUAUAACCCAAAGGAUCAGAAACGCUAUUUUGAUACACGAUACCGUGAUUAACUUGAUGCAAACACGAAUUACCUACUACGCUAUGAAUUUCUUAACCCAUUGCCGUUAUUUAUCGUUUAUGGUCAGCAUGAAUUAUUUACCGAUUGUCUUUAACGACCAUGCAGCAUUUUUAAUGAAGUAUAAUGAGAUAUGUAACAAAUUUCCCAAACAUUUGAUGCAAACGAAUUUAAAUGAAGAUAAUGUAUUUGACAAAAUAAUAGGAAAAAAUUAUAUAGAUACGAAUCUAAAAGAAAUAAAAAUCAAAAAUAUCCUCAACAAGAAAUAUUUAUUAGCAAUGAGAAAACAAAAUCAAUUAUCAAUUAAUACAAAUACAGAUAUUCAAAAUCCAAAUUUUGUCGUAUAUUUAAACGCUAUCGUUACCACAAAAACAACUGAUGAGAAAAUGACAAAUUUUAUCCAAUCUUUGCUAUCUAAAAUAGAGAUAUGUAAAAAAAAUGUAUAUAUUUUCUUAAAAAGUUUGAAGGACAACAUUCCAUUUUACAAUUACGAUACGUACAAUUUGAUGUUGCAAUCUAUCAAUAGUCAAUAGACAGAUGCAGAUUAACACGAGUGAAUGAUUUAAGCAAACAUUUUUAAUGAUAUUUAGCAUAUAGAAUUUAAAUUAAUUUACACAUGAAUCAUAUUAAUAAUGAAUUAAAAUGUUCCUUAGAAAAAAUAAUUUGAUUUCUGUUAUGAUAAGUAUUUAAUUUAUAAGCAUAUCUGUACCAUUUAUUUUUAUUUGAAAAAAAAUUACGAAUUACCAUAUACCUUCAAAAAUAUUGUACGGCUGUUUAUUUUAUUAAUUUAAUACACUAAUUAAUGAGAGUACCAAUUAAUAGUUGUUUUAGAUUCGGAGCGAAGUAAGGAAUAUAUUGGUUUU